UUCCUUACGAACUUUGUCUCUGUCGCCCACUUUUUCCUUUUCUGUUUUCUCUCUUUCUCUUAAUCUCUUUGCAAAGGAGAGAGACCCCAAUGUCCUCCACCAUCUUACCAGCUUCCAUUUCUUCAACGUAAAGGCUCUUCUCCAAUUAUCAUCAUUAUUUUUCACUGACUAAAGCCAAAAAGUGAACAGACAGAAUUGUAAUCGAAGCCAGCCCAAGAUUUUCAUAUAAAGAAACAGCCAUGGAUGUCACCAGAAGAAGAGCAAAGAGUGGAGGAGGAGGAGUUGUAGCAGCAGGGUCUGUCUGGGAAACCAGAAUGAAGAGUGAUGAAGUUAAAGGAGGAAUUAAAGUCUUCAAUGGAGAAGAAAGAAGCAACAAUAAUGACAGUAAGAAUCUUGAUGAGAAUCAAAAUGUUGAUGAUAAAAAAGUGAUCUUGAAGAGGGGGCAAGCCAAGAGAAAGACAUGGAAAUCUGAAAGCUUUGAGGGUCCAAUUCAGAUUGCCAAAGGAAAGAGUCUUGAUGGGGAAUGUAAAAGUCCAGUUUUGGGGAAGAAAAGUUGCACAAUUCAGAAUAAAAAGACAAGAUCUGAGCUUGUUAAAUCAAAAUCUGAACCCAUCAAUGGAGGUGAAAAGAGUUCUUCACCAUCAUCACUUCAGUUGAGGAAGGUCAAAUCACAGCCUCAGCCUGAGACUCAGCCAAGCAAAAAUUCUGAUGAAGAAAAAGAAGACGACAAAAAUGAGGAAAUCCCAGUUGAGAGAUCUGAAGAAGAACAAGAAGAAGUUGAAGUUGCAGAAGAGUUUCAAGAUAAGGCCAUUUCAGGUGAGGUAAAGAAUGUGACUGUCUCCAAAUCUCCCCCUCAAACUUUCCCAGAUGUUGAAAUGGAAGAUGGUGUUGAAGAAGAUGAAGCAGAUGAAACAGAAGAGAUUGAUGAAGAAGAUGAAGAGGAAUUUGAGGAAGUCACUGAAGCUGAUGAUGAAAUUCAGAAGAAAAGGGUUGUCAUUAAAGAGAUUAAUGUGGAAGAAUUGAAGCCUCCAAGUGUUCUUGUGAUAAAUCAAUUCCCAACUUCCCCAGAUUUCAAAAAGUCAAGUCCAGGUUCAGAUGCAGAGGAGUGCAUAAACUUCCCACAAACUCAUAACAAACUGCAGAAUUUAGUGGAUUUAGUAAUGUGGAGAGAUGUACCAAAAUCAGCAUUGAUUUUUGGGAUGGGCUCAUUCAUAAUAAUCUCAUCUUCCUACACUACUGAUCUCAAUAUCAGCUUUAUUUCUGUGGUUUCCUAUCUGGGUUUGGUUUAUCUUGCUGCAAUAUUCCUCUACAGAUCCAUUAUUUGCAGAGGGUAUAUAAAUAUUGAAGAUGAUUCAAGUUAUGUGGUUGGACAAGAAGAAGCAAUUUGGUUAGUAAAGCUGUUUCUUCCUUACUUGAAUGAGUUUCUUCUGAAGCUCAAAGCACUUUUUUCUGGUGAUCCUGCUACUACCAUGAAGUUGGCAGUGCUUCUCUUUGUAUUGGCCAGGUGUGGCAACUCCAUUACCAUAUGGAAAAUGGCCAAAUUGGGCUUUUUUGGAGUUUUCAUUGUUCCUAAGGUCUGCUCUUCUUACUCCACACAGUUAGCUGCUUACGGCAAAUUUUGGAUUCGACGCUUUCGUGAUGCAUGGGAUUCAUGCUCUCACAAGAAGGCAGUUGCCGGUGCCAUUUUUACCCUUGUAUGGAACCUAUCGUCAAUGGUUGCUCGCAUUUGGGCAGUAUUCGUGCUAUUUGUGGCCUUCCGAUAUUAUCAACAAUCAAUGAUGAGAGAUGAAUGGGUGGAGGAUGAUACAACAGUAGGAGAAGAAACAUGUAAUGGGCCACAAAUCAAGCAACAAAAAGAAGUGUUCAAACCCAAUAACAAUGGGCAAAAGCCCAUUAAUGCAAGGUAUAAACCUAACAACGAAGUGAAUCGGCCCCUUAGAGGAUGGCGUAGGCCCACAAUUGCGCAAACAAAUAAGGCAAAGAAAGCAUCAUAAAAAAAAUAAAAUCUAGCCCUAAGUUUUUAUUAUGUAUUAUUAUUUUUUUGUUGUUCUACAUAUAUAGAUUUUUUUUUUUCUUUUCUUGUUGUAAAUAUACUUUGUUUGGAGACAGUAUAUUCUCUUACUAACAAGCCUAAUAAAUAUUCAUAUUUAUAUGA